AUGAGGGGUGAGAACGCCACCAAGGUCAGCACCUUCAUCCUGCUGGGCUUCCCCACGGGCCCCAGGCUGCAGUACGUGCUCUUCCUCCUCUUCCUGCUCACCUACCUCUUUGUCCUGGUGGAGAACCUGGCCAUCAUCCUCACCGUCUGGAGCAGCGCCUCCCUCCACAGGCCCAUGUACUACUUUCUGGGCAUCAUGUCAACCUUGGAGAUCUGGUACGUGUGCGACAUCAUCCCCAAGAUGCUGGACGGCUUCCUCCUGCAGCGGAAGCGCAUCUCCUUCGUGGGGUGCAUGACUCAGCUCUACUUCUUYAGCUCCCUGGUGUGCACCGAGUGCGUGCUCCUGGCCUCCAUGGCCUACGACCGCUACGUGGCCAUCUGCCACCCACUGCGCUACCAAGUCAUCAUGACCACGGGGCUGUGUGUCCAGCUGGUGGCCUUCUCCUUUGCCAGUGGCUUCACCAUCUCUGUGAUCAAGGUCUACUUCAUCUCCAGCGCCACCUUCUGUGGCUCCAACGUCCUGAACCACUUCUUCUGUGACAUCUCGCCCAUCCUCAAGCUGGCCUGCACAGACUUCUCCACGGCAGAGCUGGUGGACUUUGUCCUGGCCUUCCUCAUCCUGGUGUUCCCACUCCUGGCCACCGUCCUCUCCUACGGGCACAUCUCGCUGGCCGUCCUGCGCAUCCCCUCGGCCACGGGCCGUUGGAGGGCCUUCUCCACCUGUGCCUCCCACCUCACCGGUGGGGAAGGCAGGAAACGGAGGCUACUUCUGGAUUCCCAGCGGGAGCUGCCUGAGCUCAGGGUGAGCAAAGCCUCUCCUCGGGAGGCCACGCAGUCGGUUUGA